AUGAUGCACAUACAGAAGGAGGAGCUUAGUAUAGGCGAUAAUGUCCUUAAUAAGCUAAGGAAGGAUUUUCAGGAGGUCAUGGAGGCCCUCAAGGAGGAGGAGGGCCAUGAGUACUUUCAGUCCGAGUACGAACGGAUUUAUCUUGCGUUGCGAAAAAGCCACGAGUCGGAAAAGAUGUUAAUUGGCGAAUGCCAGAAAAUGACGCAAGACCUGCUCGGCAAUGCGGCGAAGAUGCAGGCCGCGGUGAAGUUAUCCCAGGGUGAUCACAGCAUGAUCGAGGCUCUCAAACGCGAAAUUGAAAAGGCCUGGCAGGUGGUGGAUAGUGCGAAUAAUAAAGAUCAACGGGCUCGCGAGACGGUGGUGUCACUUCGGCAGGAAAUCGCAUCCUUGCAGUCUUUAAUGGAAGAGGGCACCGCAUUUACCUCCGACCACACCGAGAAUUUGGAUCACCUGAGGAUGCUCACGAAGCGACUUCAAACGGAGUGUGAAGAGAUGACCAAGGGAAAUGCGAAAUAUACCAAAAGCAUUGCCGACUUGAGGGUUCAAAUUAAAGAAGCCGAUGCCAAUAUCCACAACUACGAGGAGGAGAUCGAACGCCUCAGGGAUCAUCACAAAUUGACGAAUCAGGAGUACACCCGUGAGCGAGGGGCGCGGGAGCGAGCGGAAUAUCAGUGCAAAGAACUGAUUGUCGUUCUCCAAACCCGCGAGAACGAGUUAAAAGUCGUCCAGAAACGCCAAACGGCAUUAGAGAAAUCCAUCGCCAACUAUCAUUCCGAGAUCAACGUCGCGAUGGAAAAUAGGCAGACGCUGGAGAAAAAACUCGAGACCGCCGACCGACAGCUUUUCCACACCCAGCAGUCCUGUAAUGACAGCGUCGACACGACGAUGAAUAUCAACAAUCGGCUUAAUGCGAUGAACCGCAUGAUUGUCGAUCUGGAUCGAAAGAUCCUCGAGGCGGAAAACGAAUACGAGCGGGUUCAGCGCGUUAAAGGUCGCGAUAUUAACGAACUCAUGCAUUUACAACAACUCAAUGAUAGCAUUCGCCAGGAGCAGGAGAAUAAUCAGCACCAAUGCGAACAAGUUCGCAGGCGAAUCGAUUCCCUCGUGAAGGAGCGGAAGAGCUUUGAGCAGGUCCAUACCAUCAUCCUGAAGGAGUGCAACGAUAUCGAGAAAAAAGGGGAGGAGGAAAUUGAAAAGCAGAAUGCGAUCAAAACUCGCAUUCAAGUCGAGACGGAGAGUCAAAAAGAGCUGGAGGAGUUCAUUCAAAAGCAACACGAGAUCGAGUCGGGGUUGUUGGUCGCCCUUUCCGGCUUUGAGAAGGAGACGACGCAGUGCGUAUAUGAAAGCUCGCAGGUGGCGAGUGAUCACAACGCCACGAAGGAUGAACUUUUGAUGACCUGCACGUCCGUCGAGGAGACGAAAAAGCUCAUCGAGGAAAGUGAGGCCAACCUGUCUAAGCAGCAAAGCGUCUACGAGCAGGUUCGUGCGGGGCGAAAUCAGUUCUCGAAGAAGCUGAUCGAAACCCAGGACGAGGUGGUGGAGCUCAAGCAAAAGUUCAAAAUGAUGGAUCACCAGCUCCUGCAGUUUAAGGAGGAGCUCCAGAUUAAGCAGCGGAAGGAUCAAGAGGAGGCUUAUACCCAAAAGAAGAUGACGGAGCGGCUGCUGAAGGCACAAAAGCACGUCGGGGAGGAGGUGCUCAACUUCGAGGCCACCAAGGCCAAAUCGAUCUCGAUUGGGCUGCGUAUUAAACAGUUGGUGAAGAUUGUCAGCAAUUGCGAUCAGGACCUCUCCGCGCGGCAGCAGCAACUGCUGAAGGUGACGCAUAAUCGCGAUAUGCUCGGGACCCAGCUCGUCCGGCGAAAUGACGAAAUUGCGCUCCUCAACGAGAUGCUUCGCCUGCAGCAUCAGGCCUUAGUGGAAGGAGAGGCCGCGUACCGAAAGCGAAUGGGGGAUCUGCGGCUUUUGCGCUUUAAAAUAUCCGAAAUCGGGCGUCAGGCGAACCUCUCAAACACCCGCCUGCGGGAUCUGAAGGUGAAUAAAGAAAACCUGCACCAUCUCAGACGCCAGCUCGAAAUGGAAAAGGCAAAGGGUGUCGCACUGGCCGAGGAAAUCGAGGACCCGAAAAGCCUAUCUCGACGAAAAAUAGAAGGCAAGGACCCGUCGUUUGAGGAGCUUCAGGAUAAGCAGCGAAUAUUACGAAAGCGGCUCAUCGCCAAAUCCGAAGAAUGUUUAGAGAAAGAGCUCAUUCUAGAUGAAAAGAAGCGCCUGGUGACGGAGCUUCAAAACGUGAUUGGCAAUCAGCUCGGGCCGGAGGUCGUGCGGCAGCUGAAUGCCAGUCAUUAUGAGUUGCAGAAGAAGGCUACAUCAAUGAAGGCGAAGGCCUCAGAGCUUAAUAUGACUUUUACCCAUAUUAAUGAGUUAAAGUACGAAGCAGAGCGCCUGCGUCGCGAUCUACACAACAUGAAGCGCAAAUUUUACGAGGUGAAGAUCAAGAACGAUACAAUGACUGACUUCUCUCCACCAGACAACCGACUUAUAUUACGUAAGUUGCGCACCCCAAACGAAUCCGUUAGAUCAAAUGUCAUAAACAGCAAGAAGCCCCCUUCGGAUUCGAAGACAAAUAAACUCAAAGAUCGAAGCCUUUAG